CAGCACGCGAAGGUCGGCCCUACAGCUGGUCUCGGGGCCCCGCCCACUUUGGCCGCGGGUCGCAGCCGCCGCGAGCCGGAGCUCGAGCCGGAGCCCGAGCGGCCGCGGCCCCUUUAAGGAGCCGCUCUGCGGUAACCCGAGCCCGCAGUCCGGGCGGGCGCGGCGGCCGCGGCGGUAGCUGUAGUCUCUGUGACCGCUCCUCCAAGCGGCCCGGGGCCCUGCGGCUCCCCUGGCUCCCGCCGAGCAUCUCGCGGGACGACUCUGGCCGGCGCCAGCCCUCAGGCCGGGCCGGAUGAUCAGGCUUCUGUAAGCACCCGCCGCCCUCCCCGGCCCGGUGCAGCCGCCGCCCGCGCGCGAGUAGCCCCGGGACCCGGCACAGGUUGAAGAAAUAUGGACACCAACACCAAACUGAUCUUCAGCACUGUUUUUACCAGCUUUCUCACCUUUCAGCUUCUUUUCUACUUUAUAAGUUUCUGGUUUUCAGCAAAAGUUUCUCCAGGUUUUAAUAGUCUCAGCUUUGAGAAGAAGAUUGAAUGGAACUCAAGGGUAGGAUCUACAUGCCAUUCUUUGGUGGUUGGGCUUUUUGGCCUGUACAUUUUGAUUUUUGAUGAGGUUGCAAAGGCUGAUCCACUUUGGGGUGAUUCAUCGCUUGUGAAAGUGAAUAUCUCUAUUGCUUCUGGCUACCUCAUUUCUGAUUUGUUGAUUCUCAUUUUGUAUUGGAAAGUGAUUGGUGACAAAUAUUUUAUAAUUCACCAUUGUACAGCGCUGUAUGCAUACCACUUUGUACUGGGGGAUGGAGUCCUGGCAUACAUUGGGAAUUUUCGCCUGCUUGCAGAACUUUCCAGCCCUUUUGUGAAUCAGCGGUGGUUCUUUGAAGCUCUGAAGUAUCCUAAGUUUUCCAAGGCUAACGUCAUCAAUGGAAUACUCAUGACAGUGGUGUUCUUCAUCGUACGGAUUGUCUCAAUACCUCCUUUUUAUGGUUACAUUUAUUCCGUGAUUGGAACAGAAGCCUACAUAAGGCUUGGAUUUUUAAUCCAAUGUUCCUGGAUCUUUACUUGUGCUAUUUUGGAUGGGAUGAAUGUCAUGUGGAUGAUCAAAAUUACAAAGGGUUGCAUCAAAGUCAUCUCUCUCCUCAGACAAGAGAAAGCCAAAAGUAGUCUUCAGAAUGGAAAACUUGACUAAAGGUGGGCUACUGAUAAGCAUACUUCCAUACUGUCCACGUUAAAUCUACUGAUAGGAUGAAUUCUUAGCAUGUUCUUGUACUUCUUAUUAAUUAUAUUUGUUAUCGAGGGUUUCAGUGCUUUUUUUUUUUAACCUUUAGAAAAGAGAAACUAAAACUUAGUUUUUGUUCCAAGAUUUCUGAUUUUCUUCUGCAUUAUAAGCAUGGAUAAAAUCUUAAAGGUUUAAAUAAAAAAUUAUAAAUAUAGUGGUGAAUCUUUUCAGAAAUCUGUUAACCUGCAUUGGUAUUUUUCUCUGUGAAAAGAUGACUAUGCUAAUUGGGUGCACUUGGUUUUAUGUCACCAAUUUUGCUGAAAGAAUGGGAACUGCUUUUAAAUUUGUAAAUAGCUCUCAACACUUUGUUGUACUGCACUCAUUUCUUACUGUGGCUGUCAAUACCCGUUUAGGGUUUAAUUUCUAAAUUGUUGAAAUGUUCUUUUCUUAGGCUAUUAGAAAUGAUGUAUUUUUUGUUUAGAUAUGCUAUCAUUUAUGAAUGAUAAAGUAUUUUGCUUACUUUGGGAAUAAUUAGUUCAGUCAUGGAAAAUACUUCUUUAAUUUUUAGAUUUUUCAGACAUCACUUUAUUAUUUCUAUUUUUAACAUUUUAUCAAAGUACUGCUUUUUUAUUUGUAGUAAGGCUUAAGACAGAUCUUACAGAGCUCCUUAAGAGAUGAAUUCCUCUUUCUAAAAGCAUGUUAUAGAUGACUAAUAGGUCAUUUUUAGGCUAAUAGGAGGAAUCAUUAAGAAAAAAGCUUUAACACUGCUGUCUCUGUUUCCCUUGCACUUUUUCCAUGAAAAAUAUAUUAUUUCUAUUUUUAAAACCUCCCGUAGGUUCAGAACCCAACAUCAUCAGUACCAAAGUGUUAAUGCAGUAUAUAUUUGUCAUGCUCCUAAUAUGACGUAGGCCUCUUCUUAAUGAGACCAAAACUCCAAAAAAUCAGUAUUCACAUUUUAGUCACAGUUUACACCUAUGCUUGCUUAACCAGCAUUUUGAGUGCUUUGAAUUUCUGUCUUUCCUGAAGGACAGGAAAAAAAAAAAAUAGAUAAUUUAAUCUAAGUAUUCCGAUUAUUAAUACCCUUGUCUCAUGUGAUGAUAAAUUUAUGGCUGGUGACUCCGGUUUUUUGGUUUUGGGUUUUUUUGUGUAUGUGUAAGUAUAUGUUUGCUUUUUCUUUGGUUCUUACAACCCCAAUAUAGAAUUAUAUAAUUAGCUAUUAUUGCCUUUAUUUAUUUUUCUCAAGUACUUGAUUUUAAUGAUUGUUCUUACCUAAGAAAGAAAGAAAUUUAAUCAGUGACGGCUGCUUGAGUUUAAUUGAACCCAAACCAAAAGAUCUAAUCCACUCAGUUUCUCAGUUGGCAGGAGAAUGACUCACUUUCAUUGUCCAUGUUAUGAUGGUGAAGGGAGGCUGGCUGGCUAGAUCAGACUUUGAUUUGAUUUGAUCUGGCUGUGUAAUGCAGAGAGAGCCUAAGAAAUUUUAGAACAUUUACAGAAGGUAAUUGAAAUCUCAGUCAGUAACUCAGUGAGAAAAUCAAAUUGAUUGGCUUAUAGUAGGUACACUUAUUUUUGAAAGACUUAAUUAAUGUAAAGUAUAGGUAUUUGUUUUUAAAGCUAAUAUUACAUUGAUAAUUUGUUACCAAAUUUAGUGCCUUUGACAUCAUAGGCACUUAAGUGCAUAUUGGUUGUUGAGAGGGGGUAGGAAAGCACAUGGUUUUAUCUUGUUCUUUUCUUGCUCUUUUGCAAGAAAACUGGAUUUUUAAAAGGAAAACAUUUAUAUUAGAAAACUAUUUUGGAAAUUACUUUAAAAAAAACAAAACUUGAAAUAAAUAUUUUUGACUCUUGGGAUAUUUCUAUAGUUUCUGAACACAGAUUUUAAACCCACCAUCAAAAUGAAGACAAUAUAAAGCAAUAUAUUGCAAUGUAUUGUAAUAUAAAACUCACUCAUCAGUGAGUUUCCAUAUAGCAGUUUCAGUUUUUGUAGUUGCUAUUUCAUGCUUAAAACUUUAUUUUUACUUUCAUUGACAGCAUUUUCAUUAGUAUAGCUGUUCACAAAACAAAUGUUUAAAAUAUCAAUGCUUUGAACUAAAGUUCAUUAAUCCCUUAGUCAGCAAUUCUUAUUUUAUGCUGACUGCAUGACAGCUAAUCCAACAUCGACAUUCAAUAUCUAAAAGUAGAAGCUACAUACUUCCUUGUACAACAUGCAUGAAAUGGAAAAGACACUACAAACUGCCAUACUACUUUAAGUCAGAUCUUUAUAGGAGCUAUAUUUCACUGUUCUGUGAUUAUAUCCACCUACCUAAGAUACAAGGAGUUAAAGACAUAACAUAUCAUUUAUUUUAGUGAUGAAUUUAUCAUUUAUUAAAUGACAAACUUUUGCUAGACAUUUUUCAUAUUAAGUAUUUUGACUACCUGGAUUAAUUUAAAUGAUUCUAUUAGGCAUUUUGAAUUUAACAACUAUUAAAAUAUUUGUAGAAAAUUAAAGCAAAUUGGUGUAAAUUUUUAAGCAACUCUAUUUUUAUAGAAAAAGAUUAGUGACAACCUGUAACUAUAAAGAUGUUCUUUGAAUGUGUAGUAGUCUAAAAAAUAGAAAUUCUUACAAAAUUUUGAAAGUGAAUGAAAAUCAACUAAAUAGCAUGCAAGAUCAUAGACUCUGCAUCUGAUAUUUUAUUUGGGAGAAUUUGAAAAUUAUGAGCUUGAAUUUGUACAAUUUGCGUUCUUGUGUCUGAAAUCUUUCCAGUGGGUAUUGUUUGCAUUUAUUUAAAACUCAAAAUGGAGUUACAUAUGAGUGCAAAGAAACUAACUCCUGCAUAAGUUGAUACCUUAUAGUAAGUUAAGAUGCAAUCUUUAUUCCAACUGUUUAGUUUUGUUGUUUCAUGGGCUAGUGCUAUGUUUAGAGAAGUAAUAAUGUCUUUACCAUUCCUAAGGGUGACUGACAUACCAUGGAUGCCGCAGUACUAUUGUAAAGGUCUAGUUUUAAAAACUGCCUUAUUUAUAGGUGUUUGAAUCAAAUUCUUUUCUAAAUUUUAAUCUAUUUAACUCAACUUUUUGCUAAAGUGUCGGUUUUUAAAUUGUACACUCUGUGAGGUGCGUUGGGUGUUUGCAGAAUGGUUCUUCACGGUUGUAAAGGACCAGCUUUAUGGUUGGUUACACCAUUUGUCAUCAUGCAUUGAUGACAGUCUUGUCGUGGAGAUAUCUAGGGGAAAGUGUUGUAAUAUUCAUGUUUGUUCUGUUAAGUUUUUAAGGGAAAUAAACAUGUUCCAAAAGGCACUAUUAAAAUAAAUGUUUGAAUAAAUUUCAGUUUCUAGGUUACUCUUAACUCCAAUAUGGAAGUAUGCAUACAAAUUGGCUUUCAGUGGUUUAGUCUGUUGCUUGAAAUUGAGAAGUCCAUGUAAUUGUUGACAUCAUCAGUUACACUUCAUGGAAGACUAUGUAUUUGUGUGUCUUGGGUUACAGAAGAAGCAAACUCGUAUAAUUUUAUCAGAAAUGUGGCACAGUGUUUCUCCGCACGUACGAACCAGCACAGCAGUGAGACCCCUCCUGUGUCUAGAGACCCUGGGCACACACACAAACCUCCCAGCCUUAACCACAGCUUGGUUCACAACAGGCACACUAAAGCUACUGCAAGGGAUUUUUCACAUGAAGCAUGUGGGGUAUGUGUGAGAACAAUGAGAAGCCAGCAAGACCUGGAGUCGGAGACACUGCGACUGAUUUUCCCUUAAAAGGCAUAAUGCCCCUCCCUCAUCUAGAACUUUUUCUCUGAAUCCUUCCAGCCCUUCCAACUCAUCCUCCUAAUGCCCUUAAGACUUUACCAGCACCUCCAUCCCUUAUGCUAGCACCUUUCAACAUCAACUUUUGAGGCUUCCCCAUACCCAUAAGCUUUCUGGUCUAUUGCAGCAAACUUCAGAGUUUUCAAGUAUGUUCUUCCAUUGAAAAAAAAAAAAAGCAUUGCA